CAACCAACGUAACAUCUAUACAAUGCCUUCCACUGCCUCUUUGGGUUCCUCACGGUCCCUUCUCACCAAAGAGAACACCAGCACCUAUCUCGGAAAAAGAAAGUUUUCGCCGGCCGAGGAUGUUUUCCAUCAAACGGCGGCGGCGGAUAUACUUAAACAAGAAGAGGAUGGGGGGAAUCAGAUUCCUAAGACCAAGAUCGUUUGCACGCUGGGCCCCGCGUCGCGAUCAGUGGAGAUGAUCGGGAAACUCCUGAAUGCCGGCAUGAGCGUCGCUCGCUUCAACUUCUCCCAUGGUUCCCAUGAAUACCACCAGGAAACCCUAGAUAACCUCCGACUUGCCAUCAAAAAUACUGGUAUUCCUUGCGCCGUCAUGUUGGAUACUAAGGGUCCAGAGAUAAGAACAGGGUUCCUGAAAGAUGGGAAGCCAAUCCAACUGAAGAAAGGCCAAGAAAUUACCCUAACCACAGACUAUACCGUUGAUGGUGACGACACCCUCAUCUCUAUCUCCUAUCAUAAACUCGCCACUGACGUUUCUCCGGGAAGCACCAUCCUCUGCUCCGACGGCACCCUCACACUAACCGUCUUGAACUGCGACAAGGACUCCGGCCUAGUGCGGUGUCGCUGCGAGAACAGCGCUGUGUUGGGUGAACGGAAGAACGUGAAUCUCCCCGGCGUGGUCGUCGAUCUUCCCACGCUGACCGCGAAAGACAAGAAGGAUAUCCUGGGAUGGGGUGUGCCUAAUAAGGUUGAUAUUAUUGCGUUGUCUUUUGUGCGUAAAGGGUCUGAUGUUGUGAUGGUUAGGGAGCUCCUAGGCCCCGAGAAUGCGAAGAAUAUUGUGUUGAUGUCUAAGGUUGAGAAUGAAGAAGGAGUUUGUAAUUUGGAGGAGAUCUUGGCGAGUUCCGAUGCUUUCAUGGUGGCUAGGGGCGAUUUGGGGAUGGAAAUUCCGAUCGAGAAGAUAUUUGUUGCGCAGAAGGUUAUGAUACGUAAGUGCAACGCGCUGGGUAAGGCGGUGGUGACGGCCACGCAGAUGCUGGAAUCAAUGAUCAAAUGCCCGCGCCCCACUAGAGCUGAGGCUACUGACGUUGCCAAUGCGGUGAUCGACGGCACUGAUUGCGUCAUGCUCAGCGGUGAGACCGCCGCGGGGGAUUACGCUGAGGAGGCCGUUAGAACCAUGGCCAAGAUCUGCUUGGAAGCCGAGAAGUGCCUCGAUUACGCCCAGAUUUUCAAGAAAGCUUUGGAGAAUUCGCCGUUGCCGAUGAAUCCGCUGGAAAGCCUGGCCUGCGCCGCCGUACAGACGGCGAAUUCCGCUAAAGCGGCGAUGGUUUUGGUCCUCAGCAAGGACGGCAACGCUGCCAAAUUGUUAGCUAAGUAUAGACCUAGUAUGCCGAUUCUGUCGGCAUUGAUCGGCGACGAUGCUCCGGCCGGGCAUGGGCUCAUAUACCGGGGAAUUCUGCCGGUUUCGAUCUCGGAAUUGAAAGGCAACGGAGGAGGAGAAGAUGAGGUGACCGCGGCAGCCAUUGGAUACGGAAAGGAAAAGCAGCUCUGCCACGCCGGUGACACCGUGGUGGUGACUUCGCCGGAAAACGGUGUGAUCAAUGUACUGACUAUCAACUAGAAGACGAGAAUGAUGAAAUUAACCGACGGUAGAAAGAGCUGAGCUUAUCGAUUUUUUUGAAAAGAAAAUUUGAAUUUACUUUAGAAUAUUGGAAAUUUAGAUAUGAUGAAGGACUUGUUUGGUUUCUAAUUAAUUCAACUUUUUUUGGAAGGCAUAAUUCUCAGUAUAGGAGCGGAUUAAAGAUUAAAUGAGGACAUUUCUCAGA